UAUUGCGGCCAGCUCAAAUAGAGACAAUCAGUAUCACUUACUACAUGUGUAACCACUAUAUAUUAAAUUAUCACUGGAAGAAGCCUUGAAAGAUAAAAAAGGUACAGAUUUUUGUUUUGGAUAAUUAUUCUUGCUAAAAUGGAAAAAAGGAGUGUAAUAUCAAUACUUCAGCUUGUUAUAAAUAAUUUCCCAAAAAUGAAAAUCACACUCGCCAAAUGGGUGAGUGAUUGAUGAUUUAUACUUGCCUGACACUUUUCACACUUGCAUUGGGAGCAGGUGAUCGCUAAUUUCCAACACUGAUAUUCCUAAAGAAUGGUCUAAAUCAUCAACACUUAGAACUCCAAAAUCCCUUGCAUCAUGGAUCUCCUUAGUCUAUCACCAUUUUCACUCUCCUUCAUAAUUUCAACCUAACAAAAGUUUGCAUAGCAGGACUCCAGAAUAGUAUUACCGACUCCCAUUCUUGUUUGCAGAUGGAACAUUUAAGGGAGCUGGGAUUAGACACCUUGCAAAGUCUCCACCUAGCUAGCACCUUCCACUAGCACUUGUGUAUCAGGAUGAAAACUAUUUAUCCUCUUUUGUUUGAAAUAAUUUAUAGUCUAGUUACACCUGCCACCCCUCAACUUCCCACCAGGGAGAUUUAUUUAGUUUCCCCCAUAGCAGAAAGUGUUACAUUUCACACCAUUGAAGUUUACCUAGCAGCAACUCACAAUUUCAUGUAGAGUUCAACUGCAACUUCAACUUCACUACCAUUUGUUGCCUCCAAAUGACCCUCUUUGGGAUCAAACAUACUCUCAGGCUUAAUCUCGAUGAAACUGUCAGGUCAUUAUUAGUUUUUAUUCUCUUUUUAUUCUUGUCCCUAGCCAUUAACUUGAUGUCAAUAAUGUGAUGGUUUAAGCUGCUUUAAAUUUACUCCAGCCUGAGUGUAGGCCUCUUGUGUUUUCAGGACAAUCCCCCUACCUUCUUCCACAUAAACUGUCUUUUUAUUGUGUGUGACAUCAGAUAAUGGUGUUCUAAAGACGAUAUUUUCAAAAAUAUCCUCUUGUUUGGGCACAGGGUAGCUAUUUGCUACUACAUCCAAUAGCAGUACCAAGUAAUAACUAAGCAUAUUAUUUAAUGGAUUCAUUUGCAGAUGCUACAGGAAAUGGCCAACAAGUUGACGGUUCAAAUGGCACAUUGCAGGACCUGUCACCUCAAACAGGAAAUGUUCAUGAUGAGGAGGAAGCUAUGAUUGCACAUGCAAGUGAUUUAGUCACACAUCAUGAUCCUUUGGGAGCUUCUGCUAAUAAACAUGGGAGUGAACAUUCUCGCAGACGUCGUCGUCGCAGCAAAAGCCAUUCCUCAGGGGAUUGUUCUCCCAUUGGAAACCCCACUAGAAAUGGUAAAGAUCAAAAACAUAGAGGGACCUCAUGUAAAGCCACAAUUAACCCCUCUACAAAAGAUGCUGCAGCAAAUGGCCAACAAGUUGACAGUCCAAAUGGCACAUUGCGGGACCCGUCACCUCAAACAGGAAAUGUUCAUGAUGAGGAAGAAGCUAUAAUUGCACAUGCAAGUGAUUUAGUCACACAUCAUGAUCCUUUGGGCGCUUCUACUGGUAAACAUGGGAGUGAACAUUCUCGUAGACAUCGUCGUCACAGCAAAAGCCAUUCCUCAGGGCGUGGUUCUCCCGCUGGCAACCCCACUAGAAAUGGUGAUGAUCAAAAACAGAGAAGGACCUCAUGUAAAGCCACAAUUAACCCCUCUACAAAAGAUGCUGCAGGAAAUGGCCAACAAGUUGACAGUCCAAAUGGCACACUGCAGGACCCGUCACCUCAAACAGGAAAUGUUCAUGAUGAGGAAGAAGCUAUAAUUCCACAUGCAAGCGAUAAAUUUACACAUCAUGAUCCUUUGGGAGCUUCUGCUGAUAAACAUGGGAGUGAACAUUCUCGCAGACAUCGUCGUCGUAGCAAAAGCCAUUCCUCAGGGUGUUGUCCUCCUGAUGGCAACCCCAAUAGAAAUGGUGAUGAUCAAAAACAUAGAAAGACCUCAUGUAAAGCCAUGAUUAACCCCUCUACAAAAGAUGCCUUAGGAAAUGGCCAACAAGUUGACGGCUCAAAUGGCAUAUCACAGAACCGGGUACUCCAAGCGGGAAACGUUUGUGGUAAGGAAGAAGCUAUAGUUCCACAUGCAAGUGAUAAAUUCACACAUCAUGAUCCUUUAGGAGCUUGUUCUGAGAAACAUGGGAGUGAACGUUCUCGCAGACAUCGUCGUCGGAGCAAAAGCCAUUCCUCAGGGCGUUGUACUCCCAUUGGUUACCCCACCCAAAAUGUUAAAGACCAAGAACCUAGAAGGACUUCACGUAAAGCGACAGCUAACACCUCUAGGAAAGGAAAUACCCGACGUCUCGAUGGCUCAAAUGGCUUAUCACAGGAUCCGUCUUCCCAAACAGAAAACGUUCAUGAUGAAAAAGCUAUAGAUCCAAGUGAUACAUUGAAGCAUCCUGAUCCUUUAGGAGUUCCUGGUAAUAAACAAGGCGGUGAAAAUGCUCGUAAACAUCGUCGGAGCAACACCCGUUCCUCCGGGGGUUGUGGUCCCGUCAGCAACCCCACCGGCAAAAGUAAAGAUCCAGAACGUAAAAAGACUUCUGGUAAAGUGUUGGCAAUAACUGCAGAAACGUUACUGGCUAACUGCCAAAAGGAACUUCAAGAAAAGAUGACAGCAGUAACAGAGCAACAUUCUAAAAAGAUCGAUGGAAUAAGUGGUCUUCUAGGUCGUCUGCGUGUAUUGAAACCCAUUCGUUUGGAAGAUUAUGAACGAAUAUGCUCAGAGAGAGAAGCUUUAAAGCAAAAGAAAGAUGAGCUACAGCUACAAAAGGAUGAAUUUCAACGCUUUAAAACUCAGAUAACUUCUUGUCUGCUUGACCAAAGCUCUCAGCCGUUGUCACGUGUGAAGGGUACAAUCAAGGAAUUGAGGAUUGCUGUUGGUAGAGAAUGCCACAGGCUUGAGGCAGCCCUUCCAAUGUACGCAAGAAAAACCACCAUAACUGACACUGUCAAGCAAAACCAGGUUUGUGUUGUUCUCGGAGAAACUGGAUCAGGCAAAAGCACUCAGAUGACCCAGUAUCUCUACGAAGCUGGGUUUGCUAAGAACGGCCUUAUUGUUUGCACUCAACCAAGAAAAGUUGCUGCCACUAGUUUAGCAGCCCACGUCGCAGAGGAAAUGGGUGGAGUCGUCGGACAGGUUGUCGGUUGUCAUGUAGGGGGGAACAUCCAAGCAAGCAAGAAAACUGGUAUUAUUUACGCAACAGAUCACAUUCUCCUCAAUGAAUGCUUGAGAGAUCCUAAUCUAUCCAAAUAUUCUUGCAUAAUUAUCGAUGAGGCACAUGAACGCAGUCUUUAUUCAGACCUGCUUCUUGGAAUGAUCAAGAAAAGCCUUGCACGACGUCCCGAGCUGCGAGUGGUCAUCACUUCAGCUACCAUUGAUCCUGCUCUUUUUGUGACGUAUUUUGAUGAGUGUCCAGUUUUGAAGGUGUCUGGUAGAAUGUUUCCAGUUAAUGUCAUAUGGAAAGAUGGUCCAACAAGCAAUGCAGAAAACUAUCUGCAAGAGGCUGUUAAUGCAGUUCAGGAAAUUCACCGCAAGGAAGGUCCAGGAGAUAUUCUGGUGUUCCUUGUUUCCCCGGUGGAAACAGAACGUGCGUGUGAAAAGUUAGGAAAGAUGGAGCCUGAUCCAAAUCUUGUUUGUCUCCCGCUUCAUGGAAAGUUACGUCAAGAAGAGCAGAGGAGAGUGUUCAAGGAAAGCGCAGGCAAACGCAAAGUAAUAUUUGCAACGAAUUGUGCGGAGACGUCCAUUACUAUUCCUGGGAUAAGGUACGUGGUGGACACUGGCAUGGUAAAAGAAAUGACGUUUGACCCAAAACGCAACAAAAGUUCUUUGGAAGUAACAACCAUUCACAAGAGUUCUGCUGAACAACGCAAAGGAAGAGCGGGAAGGACACAGGCUGGAAAGUGCUAUCGACUUUACAGUGAGGAAGAGUACGCGGCAAUGGAAGAUCGAUCUAGACCAGAGAUUUUAAGAGUCCAUCUAGGACAGGCAGUGUUGAAACUAAUGGAACUGGGCAUCGAAAAUAUGACAGAGUUUGAGUUUGUGGAAUCACCACCACUGGACUCAAUAAAACUUGCCUUGGAAGACUUGGAAUUGCUUGGGGCCACAGCUAACGGACAGCUUACAGAAUUGGGCCACAAGAUUGCUCGAGUUCCGUUGGAGCCACGCCUCGCAAAGCUGUUAUUUGAUGGCAUUGAUCAAGGAGUCGGUGCUGACGCUUUGGCUUUAGCAGCCAUUGCAACUGUAAGUGGUAGUGUAUUCUUCCGCAUGGGCAGCGAAGAGGAAAAGCAUUUGGCAGAUAGUAGAAAAGUUGGCUUCUGUCACAAUGGUGGUGACCUGUUGACACUGUUGGAAGUACACAGACAAUACCUGAAGCAACCUAAAGGAAAGCGAAACAAGUGGACCCGUGACAAUAGCUUGAACGCAAAAUCGCUUCGCCUGGCAGAUGAAACAAUCAAAGAACUCAAGCUGGCUUUGAAGCACGAGCUAAACAUCAGAGUACCUGAUGCCAGUCAACAGAAUGACACUGACCUCAAGCUGCAAAAGAUUUUGAUAUCGUGUUAUUGCGCCAACAUUUGUGUGUUCACUGGCCACCAGAAGGCAGGGUACAAAGUGGUGGCAUUCAAUCACUGUGCUCAGUUGCAUCCUUCUUCAGCUCUGAAGUUCCUUGGAGAAACACCUCAGUUUAUCGUUUUUGAACAGCUGCUCAAGACAUCUCGUGACUUUGUCAUCAACGCAACCCCUGUCGAAGAGAAGUGGCUUCAAGAAAUAAUUUUAAGAGGUGCUGUCAAGUAUAAUAUGGAAGAAUUGAUGUCGACGGUGCUGACAGAAGUUGCUUUGCCAUGUAGUCGAGACCUUAUGACAUUAGCGUUUGGAGGAUUCCGAAGACGAAUGAUUGAUAAACUUGAAGAGAAAGUGUCCAAAUGUUGUGAUGGUGGUUUGGUUGUUCUAGAGAAAAACGAAGAAUCAGGGCAAGUGAAAAUCUUUGUGCCACCAAUCCACGUAGUCAAGGCUCUCUCUGUUGUGGGACGCCACCUAGAAGAAAACAGGAAAUUGCUGAGGGACGAGCAAAAAGAAGAGUAUCUAAGAGAAGAUUGUCAGAGCAGCAGAAUCGUUUGGGGACAAGGUGGAGAAGUGCAGGAACUGCUAAUGCCUCAUAUGUAUCGAACUGUGACAGUCGGUGAGAUACAAGAUGGUAACGCCUUGGUCGUCCUAGAUUUCGUGAAGUCGUUUGGAGACAUUGUAAAACACAGUUUCAAGGAGCAGAAUGGCAAGAUGCGAUUGUUUGCCACUUUCAAAUAUUCUGAAGACGCAGCCAUGGCAGUGAAGGGCUCUUCCAGUAGCCCACUGGGCAUCGAUGAGAAAGUGCAGCCGAGCCAGUCGAUGUCUGAUGACGUGCAUGCACAAGUCCCUCACUUUAAAGUAAAAGCCAAGUGGCUCCGACGUCCUGCUAAAGGUACAGGUUCCAUUGAAUUUUUCAACGCUGAUGAUUUUGAGUUUACACUUAGCAAUCUUUCCUUCCAGUCGCUAAUGAUAAAAUCGAAGAGGGUUACAUUUCAAGCGGACAAGCUUCGCGAAGAGCAGCUAUUCAUGAGAGGACUCCAUCCCGAAACUUCAAUGGAAGAUGUGAAGUCUGCUAUCGAAAGAAGAUUGCCUAGUGUGAAACUAAAAGACGUGUUUAUUCAUCGAGUGGCAGAAUUUCAUACAAGCGACGAGACCCUUGCUCAGCAGAAGUUAUCCUUCCAAGAACGUCUCGAAAACUUUGCUACAGAAGGCCACUUUUCUGUUCAUUUGAGUAAACCUUCACCUAAACAUUUUGAUGGACAUGCCUAUCUGACGUUCCAGGACGCCGAAGAGGCUCAAGCAGUCGUGAGAGGUCUUAAUGGAGAACGUAUCUUUGACAUUGGGAUCGUAACCCUGGAACCUAUCCUUUCAACUUUCUUGCUGUGUUCAAAAAAUAUCUUCACCAUCAUCGAAGAUGAGCUGCGUGCAGUUGCGAAUGAACUAGAUAUUAACUUUGACAAGAGGCUAGUUAUGAAAGUAAACAAUCAACGCAAAGACCAGCGAGUCUCCAUCGAAAUCCAAAGUGACUGCACAGAGCACUUUAUUCGUGCUACAACAGUAUUCAACGAGAUCCUCAACGGAGACCGGAUUGACUGCAAAACUUCGAAAACCUUGGAAAUAUUAAUGACCAAUCAGGUGAAAGAAGUCUUGCGAGCCAUCGAGAAAGAUACUGGAACUGUAAUCAAUCAAGAUUGGAAGAACAGAGUUGUCCGAAUACAUGGCAGCGAAGCCAGUCGAGAAUCAGCCAAGCGCGCCAUCAACAAGUAUCUUGAUGACUCCAUUGCAAGUAACAGUCACCCAUGGGAGAUUCAGCUUCGGGGACCAGGGAAGCCACGUGGGCUGCUGAAAGCUCUCUUUAAGAGAUUUGGCGUAGAUCUCAAAGGACUGCAGGAUAUUCCAGGUGUCCAAAAGAUCCAUGUUGAAUUCCGCAACCACGUACUUAAGAUUCAGAGUUCCGAUGAAGCUCGGGAAACAAUCAACCGCUACGUGGAAGAAUGUUCCGAAAAUCUUCCCAAGAAAUCGUCCCUUUUACCAUCCGAAGGUCAAACCCAGCUAACUUGUGGUAUCUGCCUGUGUGAUGUGGGCGACACAGCUGAUUUGUACAGACUUGCGUGCUGUGGCCAUAGCUACGACAAGAGCUGUGUUAUCCAGCAACUGAUAUCUGCCGAGUUUCCGCUCAAGUGUGCCACAGAGGAUUGCGAAGAGCUCUUUGUGUGGAGAGAUUUGCAGAAUCUGUUAAGCGAAAAGGAGAGAAAGAAGCUUGCUGUCAGUGCAUUAGAUGAGUAUGUUAAAAGGAAUCCUGAAAUUGUCAAGUAUUGUCCAACUGCCGACUGCGGUAUGGUGUACCGCGUCUCGACGGAAGGAAGACGCUUCACUUGUUGCGCAUGCCUAGCCGAGAUCUGCACGUCCUGCCAGGUGCAGUGGCACAACGGGCUCACUUGUGCCAUGUUAAAAUCAGGAAAGCAGGUCGAGGGACGUCUGGAAGACUGGAUGAUGAAGGACCCAAGCAAUAGGAAGAACUGUCCCAAAUGUAAGACGCCAAUUGAAAAGAAUGAGGGCUGCAAUCACAUGACAUGCUCUGGUUGUAAGUCGCACAUGUGUUGGCUCUGCCUGGAGGUGUUCCCAACAGGAGAACAGGUAUAUGCUCAUCAAAAACACUGUCCGAAGCGUUAAGAGUGUGAUCUGAUUCUUUCUCACUGGGCAAACUAAAAGUAUCGUCACUCCCACGACCCGUACGACAGAUGACACUUAGUGCUCUAGCUAGGUGUUGGUAGCUGGGUAGUUGACUUUUCUGAUUCAAGUUGCCACCGGUUUCAUCCCAGCAGUUGGUUACAACUGGAUUAGUGUUGGCGUUUUCAUAGUAGUUUUGUGCUGUGUCCAUUUCGAGGAGAUUGAUAAGCGAAAACACUCGGAAAUAGAAUCGUACAAUGCUACUCUAAUUUUGAACCGCUCCCUAGGGAAGACAGGAGAACUUCAGUCACCAUGCAGGAUGGAAUGAGUGCUGGAGUAGACCUGGCCUAAACUGUGACUUACCGUGCACUAAAGCCUUGUCAGAAAGAGGCUUAGUGAAACCUUCCACUUUGUCUGAUUUUCUUGAGUUCACGAAUUAAGUUAAAUUUCCGUUAGGUUUUCCUCUGUUUCAAAAAGACUUCCGACAAGGAAAUAUUAUAAUUUGUCUACCGCCGUACAGCCUUGCUGGUCAGAACCUAUGGCAACAAUACUUCAAACCGGCCUCGGGCCGGACGGGUUGACAUGAAGUUGACAUUGAGUUUUUGCUAAGCAAAAAUCCGGCCGUGUUCAUGUUAACAGUUAUUUAGCGUACGCAAUAGGCCAAGUUUAUUAUAUCAAAGUCGUAGUUAAAGUUGGCGUUGAGGCUAAGGGAACUGAAUCGAAAACAAAACACAUCGAGGUUGAGGGUUAAAUUACUAAAUUUUCUUCUAUUAGUUCCGUAAGCCAAGUCACCAUGGCAGAAUUUUAAUAUAUCCAAAAUUAAUAACCUAUUGAGAACAUUUACGAACGGCCAUUUUCACAACAUAUCAACAAAACAAAACUCUUGACUCUCGCUCGAGCCAGGGCCCCGCUCUCAGUCAAUAAGCUCUUACAAAGGGUUUGUUCUCGGCAUUAUUUUGAAAAUUCGGCUUAAACGGAAUAGGAUAAUAUGACAUUUUGUUAGUACCUUGGGAGUAUACAUUUCAACAAAGAACUCAAAGACGACCUGGGCCAGGAAAGUGAUUACUGCUACAAGGCAAAGGAAAGGAUAAUCUUGUUUUCAUUGGAAUUCUGAACUCACAGUCGGUGACAGGUAACGAAAGCGUACCAUCGGUGAACUGUAAGACAUUAUCGUUAAUUAGCUGACUUUUUUGCCNCCCCCCCAAA